UGUAAGUCUCAGUGUAGUUCACAGUAUCGCAAAGAUCAGUGAGUGUCUUGUUAAAAGGCUCAAGUUACACAGAGCUCGAGCUUCCUACUAGUUUGUGACAGCAAGCGAAACUUAGUCCUCGAAUUUAGCGAAAAUGUCUCCCAGUGGGCACUCUCACGAUCAUAGUGGGCACGCGCAUGGGGAUAUGAACGAACAUUCUACCAUGGCAUCUCAUGGAGAAGCUGGUCAGAUGCACCACAACAUGGAGGGGGGGCAUGCGGUAAGAGAGCUAUCGAGUUUACUUGCUUCCGACUAGAAAUACCGGAGUACUGUUUUUAUGAGGAAAAGAGUAACGUUGCUAAUAUAGUCCACACACGGUACCCCAACAGGGGCAAAGAUAAAAACCGCACUGAUCCACAGCAUGAAAGCGUAUUUGCCAUCGUAGCACCGAGAAGGCAUUUUGGCCUGCAUUCUGUACUCAAUAAGUAUGACCUAAACCAUCAGAAGAUAAACUAAACGUUUACUCGUUUAUGCAAUCUACACACUGAGUUUGUUAUUGAUUCGUGUGAGAAAAGUUUCGAAUUUUCAAGGAUAGCCUUUUUUUUCGAAAUUUCGAAAAGCAGAGCAUACAAUGCACUUAGAUCGCUACUUCCACUAAACAGCCAACAUUAGACUGUCAUUUCAUUUUUUUUUAUCACUUUUUAAAUCAUUCGGGUAUGAAAAUUUGCUAGAAUAUUUAUCGCCAUUAGGAAUGGCUAAGUACUUUUUUAUUAUUUGUGAGAUCAUUUAAAUUAUCCAUGAUCAAAAAGAAAGUUUUAAAAACAAUUGAACAAGCAGUCACGCCAUUGCAAACAAGAUGGGUUGUUUAAGGCUCUCUUUGAGGGAGUACUUUUUGAUAAUAACCACAUUCUUUCACGUGCUAUCUGUGUCAUCUAUAGGUUUAUUAUUCUUGUGAUUUAUAUGUUCUCUUUGCACGCAACAGUAUUAACUAUCAAUUAACUUAGUCGACAAAUUCAUCCCUAAUUGACCUUAUCUUCGACCAACGUACAGCUGUGAUCUAAAUAAUACAGUCGAAAGACACCCCCACAGAAAAAUGAGGUUUUUUUGGCAGGGGACUCAAGGACUUAAAAGCCAGUAUACUGUUUUGUUUUUGUGACAUGAACCGGAAUUGCAGCUGGAAAUGAACCUGGAAUAAAUCGAUGACGCAAUUUGAAAACAAAGGCGAUUACUGAACCAUUGAUUAUAAUUAAGGAUAAAUAUAGAUGAUAUUUAAUGUGCAUUCCUCCGUGCGAAUCUUAUAGCACGAAAAGAACUGAAAUGUUGUAAUCUAAAAAAACUUGCCUGUCUUUUAAAACAACUUGGAAACAAAGUAAAAAACUCUACAGAUAAAUAACACAAAAUAUAAGGACGUUUUGAUUCAGAAUAAGAAAAAUUUUGAGAAAACUAUUUUUCUUAAAAAAUAUAUAGCUCUUUAACAACAGUUGAUAUACAUUAUCGUUUGUUUGUUUGUUGGAUAGGGCUAUAUAACCCCUACUUGUAACAUCAUUUCCGGGCAAUGAUUCUGCGAGUUUGUUUUAUGUCACUGAGCCAAAACGUCCAACAUUGACCUAUAAAAAUUGCCCUCAUAUCACCAUUAGUCACGUCAGAGUGAAUCGUAAGGAGGUUUUGCUCUACUUUCACUGAGUUUCUUGUUGCUCUGUUUUUUAGUAUCCUCCGUCAGUGCUUUUCAGUGAUUUUUCACCUGUCUACAAACGGUAUUUCAAAGACGGCUUGGUAAAUUUCUUUGUUGUGUUAAUAUUGACCUACCGGAUGAAAGUAAAAGGAUCUCGUUUAUCAAGUAUAUCAGUAUUUGUCGGUCUUCACGGUCAUACAUAAUAUCGAUGACGUAUCCGAAACAUACAAGAGAACCAAGACACCAAGAGAGAAGGAGUGAAAUAAAGAGAGAAAAAAAUUAUUUUAUUUAAACACGUGGGUUUUAAAGACAAUACAGCUUAUGAGACCGAGUAAAAAAUGUUAAUAGGAUAAUAAAAAUUAAAAAAUACACUUAAAACGAUAAAAAUACACUAUUAUUAAUAUAUAAACUAAAAAUAUGAAUAAAAGAUUUGAAUAGGAUCAAUAAAAGACGAAAUCACUCUCAAUUUGGAGACCCAUUUGCGGUCUUCAUUAACGUUCAAGCCUGAGACGAACAAAACGCUGAAAAAUGAGGUCUAGAUAUAGGAGACUUAACGAUAAACAGUAUCGAGCGAGCCUUAUCUUCGACUUUUAAUUUCCAGUAUUAGGCAAAAAAAACUGUCAUCGCAUCGAAAAAAGGGUAAUAAAAAAGUUGUAUGAACAGAAAUAUUGACUAAAGUGGUGGAUGAGAUUAUUAUAGUAAGCUCAGAUUAGUUCGCAUAACAUUGGACCUGGUUCCUCAAAAGUUGUUAAGCCAAAUUGCAGAGAAUCAUGAUGUAAAAUGAAACUAACGAAAGAAUCCAUAAGUUCAGUUCUUGUCUAUGAAAAUGUAACUGAACCGUUGAGCUUUCGCUCCGAGUUCACGAUAACGCCUCAGAAAGGUACUCUGGAUCAAUCAAAAGGACAGUAAAUACAAUCCUGUGUAAAAAUUUUAAUUCGAGAUUAGCCCUGAUAACUUUUCGCAUCUUCUCAGGAAAUGGGCUGACAAUAGUAAUGUUGUAAUGGUAAUCGGACUGGGUGGAGUCCGAGUGAACAAUGCGGGAGACCACGAUUUACAAACAGAAUUAGAAACCGCUAUGCCACUGAACUAAGACUCCAGCUAAUGUCACUAUAAAUGUACAAAAAUAGCAAGGAGUCUUUGUCAAGACUUAAGAGCAAACGACAUAACUUAUACGAUGACUAGUGCUGUCCAAAUACAUUGCGCGUACUAAUAGCCAAUCCUGUUGAAGAAAUCUGUCGUAACUUCAAUGAACAUGUUGUGGAAAAGUUGGAAAUUGGGCCAAUACGUUAGCUUACGUGUCAGCCGCACCCUCCCGCCUCUCUUCGUUUUUCCUUUGUCUGGCGGGGGGGAGGGUGCGGCUACACGUAGGCUAUCAAUACGUCAAACGAAAGAAGCAUGCAAAAGCUAAGCAAAAUAUUUUAAAGCUAAGGUUUUAAUUCUGAAUGGUGAAAUUUUUAAGAUAUGACCGAUAUACUGUUACUUUACCAAAAAAAGCUUUAAAUGUUUGAAAACAGAAGCUGGUGUUAUUGUCGGCACCACUCUUCAGCAGUAUUCAACGUAUGUAGUGUGUGUAGUAUUUGUAGAAAAAUUCCCAGCGAUGCUUGCGCCCCCUGUCUACAUACAAAACAGACAGCGACGAUAGCGACAGGCAAAACUAGGGAAUGAAUCGGGAGUUCCUUUUUCAAAAAAGGUCCUACACUAAAACAGCUAGUUAGACUUGUGUAGCGGAAGAAUUAGAAUACCCUAUAAAAAGAAGAGAAUUCCCACAAGAGAGUUGUUUUGUAGCAACUACGCGAUGUGAGGAGCUUGGUAAUUUUCUGAGGCCUCUUCAGUUGGUCUUGAUUCAUUACUUAAGGAACGUCAGGGGCACCCAGCGAUGGUUUCCUCCUAAAUGCAUUGUAAAGACGUUUUAGGCCAUCCAGAGUACUCUUAGAUCUCUAGAAAUGCAUUCUAAGCGGCGCUAUAAAAUUUGUAUCCGUUCAGUCAUCCCAGGGGAACUUGAGGCUUUUCGAACUUACAAGGGCUUCAGUGUUAUUUUCCCGAAACUUUUUACGAAAGUGAGAAUAAUUCUUAUUCCUCUCUCCAUGAAAAUUUUUAAUCCGACAAUUUUAGAUUUUAUUUUCUACGAAAAUUAGCCUAACAUAAGGAGUAAAAUAUGAAAAAUUGAACUUCAGAAAAUCGUAGGGAAUUUUUUAGGUAAGCUCCGAAAAUUGUACCUGAAUGGAACGCUCAUCUAGAAAUUUUCAGCCGUAUUCAAACAAUAGAAAAUUCUAAGCAAUAUUUGCUUCUCCGAACAGAUAUUUUACAGAAAACAGUCGUUGGGCUUCCCCUGGAAUGUGCUCUACAACCUCAUCCCUAGGGCUUUAGGUAGGGGAAAACUUGAUCCCUGGGGGACGAGGAUGGGCAUUCUAUAGUGAAAAGACCCCAGUUCAACUCUUUUAUACAUCAAUAUAAUGGGUAUACGUGUUUUGAAAAACUAGUUAGAUUGUUAGAGUGUUUUAGAAAUGUUUAAGCAGUAUCAUGAGUUUCAUAUAUUUUAGGUUUUGUAAAUAUUUUUAUUGCCUUUGUUAUUAUUUUACGUAAAUUCAUUUCGCAAAAUGACAGAUUUAUCGCCAGUUGUAUCACUUGGCUUUCAUCACUGAUAAGGCUCUAUGAAUUCAAGUGACGUUCAGUAAAAUGUACUGCACAGGUUUUGGUUGUUUCUUCAGCCCAAUACAAAGUAGAUAUGAGCGGUAUAUUAGUUUAGUUCACUGUGAAUGGACAAAAUUCCUCGAUAACAAAGUUAAUUUGCGUCGAUCAAUUUCAGAUGAUGUUUCAUCUCAGAAGUGACCUCAAUCUUUUGUUUGAACCAUGGGAUAUCUCAUCAACAAAAGGUAGAAAAAAUAUUAUGCUUUAAUAUAAUUUUGAUUUAUAAAUUUGAUGCCUUUCAUGGUCUCUGUAAAUCCAGCCUGCGUAGCAACCGUUUCUGCUCGAGUUUGUCGACUUUUCGCAUUAAGGAGCUUCAACAACCACUGCGACGACGGCAAAACGUCCGAAUUCACCGUUAUUUAACAAACUGAACAACAUGAGAGAUUGAUUCACUUUUUGAGAGAAGUAUUCGUUAUCUGCGUCACCGUAAUAACUGGAUCCGAAACGCUGGCUACGUAGGCUGUACAAGAUGAUAAUUCAUAUGUCACUCAAUUGUCAUAUAAAGUGACCAAUACUGGCCCAAAAUCAGUACUGGAUUUCUAAAUAGUGUCUUUACUUAUUACUUCAGCCUCGCUGAGUCAGACCGAACGUGUUUAAAUUGGGAUUGAUUCAGCUCAAAACAACGUGGGUAAUCAUGUAAACAAGCUCUUAUGACUAUUUUGUAAAUUAGUUGAUUCGGUACGCCAGAAGGCGUUAGUGGGUGUUUACACGAGAAAACUCGCACCGGCGCGAGUUUCAUACUGGGAUGACUUUUUGAUUUCGUAUCGCGUUUACAUUAUGACUGGGUCCUUUCAUAUCUCGCUAUUUGAAGGCACACUUCAUGUUGAUAAAAUGUCCACGCGUGAUUCAAAAUCGCAAACAUUACGCAUGCACUUCCCGUUCCAGUCUACCGGCAGACCGAUUUCACACCGAAACAUGUUUCGCGUUUACAUGAUACCGUUUGCCCGAUUUCGUACCCGAGUGAAAUUCCCGCCCCGGUACAACAACCGGGGUGAACUCGCGCCGGGGUAAGUCGUCCUGACAUGACAUUUUGUGGCGGUAUCAUGUAAACAAAUGUAGAACCAUGGGAGGAAACCGGAGUAAACUCGCUCCGGCGCGAAAGUCGCCCCGGUGUUAAGUAAACACCCCUUUAGAAAACAGGCAUAAUUUGGGUGAAAACAUUCCUCUUGGCCAGUCACGGCACAUGAUAGUCUGCAACACAGCAUUUUUAGUGUCGUCACGCAACGCUCCUCCCCAUAAACGGUGUUUCGCUACGACACUAAAAACGGCUGUAGACUACGUACAUGACGAAUGGUUUCCAUUUUUUCUAAAGAAAAUUAUAUCACUUGACCAAGGUCACUUUAAAUUGGCCUUAUUGCGGGCGACAAGAGGAGCCCGCAAUCCUAAUCUCCAUGUUGUUAUUACGCAUGCGUAGCAUGUAUGUAGCCAGCAUUCGUUUGGACUUCCACUAAGAAUGAAUGGAAUGCAGAUGUUAACGCAAUUUGAUCACGUGCAUUUUGACCUUCUAUCACUCGUAAUCUGAUCACGCGUGAAACUUACGCAAAGCACAGCGUUGGAGCAAAAGAUUUUUGACCUUCGAUCGUUGUCGCCCGCACUCCGUAACCUUUGGUUAUUACUAAUAUAUGGUUAAUUUCAUAUUUUUCACCGUUACAGUGUUGGUUGGCUCGUGUAUUGCAGUGCUCUUCAUUUCUAUUUUGUAUGAAGGCCUGAAGAUCUUAAGAGCCAAACUUACCGACAGGCACAAAACUAUGACCAAACGAACUGACGGUGUACAGUUUUCAGGAUCUCGUCAGAGUCUUUGGUAAGCCAGUUAAUAUCCCCCCUCCCCCCCUCAGCGAAGUUGAAUUCUUAUCAAACCUUAAUCUAGAGAAGUAAUGAUACCAUUUCUUUUUUAUGGUGUUGUGUCACAGUGCUAUUGGCAUCCCCAUUUCCAAAACCCUAGUGAUAUGGGCAUCCCAUGUAACCCUAACCCCAACCCUAACACUAACCCUAACCCAAAUCGCUAAGGUAAUAUGAGAAGGGGAUGUCCAUAUCACUACCAGGGGUUUGGGAAUGGGAUGCCCAAAACGUUGGGAUACCCAUAUCAAUGUAACAGCGGGUUUUGCAAUCCUCGACUUUUGGAAAAGCUUGGGCGAAAAUUUGCAUUCGCCAUUUACACAUUUCCCAUAAUAAACCUUGUUUGCCCCCUAAAACUUUGCAUUACCUUUGUUUAUUAUUUCUACUGGGUAUAACAGUUGUCCCAAGAGAAAUAUAAGACAAUGGUUGUGCAACAUUUUGGAGGGCAAACAAUGUGUAUUAUGAGAGAUGGAGAUGUGAGAAUGGCCAGUGUUUCAAAGCAAGAGAUCCUCUUUUGUUCAAAGAUAAGCUGGAGUAAAUCUAAAAUUCUUUUUUAAUAUAGAAAAAAAAUUAUUUUUUUUUAAACUGCUUUAUGGAAGUUGUAACACGCAAAACGGUCAUACAUUUCCUUUAAAAAAAAACGUUAAUGUGGCCAACGGCCACACUUUAAAAUCUCAAACAGUAGAAUCUCUUAUUCUUUCACGCCUUAAUACGGCCACUCCUAGUAAUCUGAGCUUACUGUUUUUAGACUACAGUACACUUAAAAUGCACUUGUGGCGAUUUAUAGCCGAGUUUUAAAAGAAAUUAAUGUACUGAAGGAAAAUUUUAUGUAGUUUUUUCAAUCACUGUACGCGAUAUCUACAUUCCGGUUAGUUAUUAAUGAGAACAGUACGGUGAAUUCGAUGUGCGGUGUAUUUGUUAUUACGGCCCUUAAGUCAUGAAAUUUGAGCCAGCCCCGGUAAUUCGGCCAAUUUUUUUUUUUUUUUGGUCCAUUAGUGACCGUAUUAAUAUUAACGGGGUUCCACUGUAUUUAAUAAUCUAGACAAGCAAGACAGAGAAACCUUUGUAAGUGGAACUCUGUGACGUCAGGAAUCGCAAUGAUAAGAAACGAGGACUGGGUACAAACGGAAGGGAGCUUGGCCGAACUUGGCCGAGUGGUCAGCGCGUCGGACUCGCAAUCCGGCGGUCCUGGGUUCGAGUCCCGCUCUGGCCACUUUCUGGAUUUGUGCUCUGUCGUCCCGAGUUCAAAUUCUCGGCCACGCUUGUAAAUAGUCAACCGGUUGCCUUCUGCCAGUUGGGGUUUUUAAUCCUGUUAUGUUGUAUUUAAAUUAUUUGUUUCGAAAUAUUUGAGUGGAGUGCCUGUAAACUAGCUGGAUAAGCUAAGUACACUUUCCACUAUAAACAAGCCUUUCACAACCAGCUUGCCGAUCACCGACCUGACCAUGUUCAUUUUUUGUAGGAUCACCAUGUGCAGCUCGCAUCACUUGUCACAAACAGUCUUGCAUAUUGUGCAUGUGGCGCUGGGAUACCUACUGAUGCUGGUGGUGAUGACGUAUCAGGUUUAUCUUGGGAUCUCCGUUAUAAUCGGAGCGGGCCUGGGCUACUUUUUCUUCGCUGGCUUCAUCAGUGAUACAGAUCAUCAUAAAGACGAAUCUUGUCCUAACCCCACCCCAGAGAGUCCUGGAAUGAUUUUAAAAUUGACGAAUUUUAACGACCUCGAAAAGAAGCAACAUCAACCGGAGAACACAACUUCGUCUGAUCUUGCUUUUUGCAAUAAGGGUUUUAGCACAGAAAAAAGUAACACAGACAAAUAAUUUUAAAAAAUUAUGCAGCACAAGAAAUUAAAGUAUGAAUCGUAUGAAGCCGAAAUGCGCUUGACUUUCCUUUACAAUAUUUUCUUUAAAAUGUUUAAUAGAACUAUAACAGGCGGCUUUUAGUUAAAAACAGCGUCGUAACAUAAUUUUAAGAACGGUCUUGAAGAAGUCCAGGGGUCCUUACCUUUUGCACAAACCAACAACUAAAUUUGAUCUUGAAGUGUAAGAACUCUCCACAAAGCAUAAUCCAAAUAAACUGAAUCGUUAGUAGACUAGAGAGAUUAUAGAAAUUGCAUCGCCUCACUGAAACUAACAGCUCAUACUUUUAGAAGCUUCCCAAACGGAAUGACUCGAACCAUUUGAUUUUCCAAUAGGAAUUUCCGGUUUCCCCGUGUCAAUGGUAAGUACCCCAGGCUGUCAAUUUUACGCCGGCUAGUGUGUGGAUCCUUGAGGUUUCUUAUGGUUAAGCGUUCAGACUUUUUUCCUUGCUCUUUGGUGAGGGCGUGUUCGUGAUGCUUGCCGUUCUCCGGCUAAAACGCAACCGUUUCUCAGGAUCUUACGCUUAGAUCACGCUUACCGUGACAGAUGGAGAAUGAGCAGGAACCAGGCUAGAUCUGCGUAGUAAGCGUUUCCAAUUAAGUUAUUGCGGUAAGAGCGGGAGCCUCUUUUUUGCUCGUCUCAACUUUCUCGACGAACUCGCGCGAAACGCUUGCUACGCAGGCUAGAACCAGGCAAGUUUCUUAGUCAACGGCACAAACGGUUUACAAUAAGCACAAAAAUGUAAAGGUAAGCUAUAAACAUACGGUGACGAACCAAGGGUGUUUCUUCAUGGAACGGAUAGACAGAUAUCUCAG